CAGUCGGCCGUCGACUGUCGGUUGUUUAUUUUCAGACACAGCAUCUUGAAUAUGAGUUCGGCGCAGCGAGGUCCGCUCUCCUGGUAACGUUUUUUUCAAUGCGCGUUCAUUUUCGAAAUCGGACGGCGACAUUUUCGAAAAUCGCGCUGGGUAUUACUGCGAAUUUUAGUUGGAUUUUAUUUGUUAUAAACGAAUGAGUCAUGAUAACGAUCGAACGACGACGAUUUGGUGCCGGCAUGUGUGGUUGUUGAUUGAUAAGAUUAAAAUUAUCAAAGUGACCGGGACGGUUUUGUGAGUUGGUCGUGCCACAGCUGAUACGAUAAUGUUGGGCGUCUUGAAACGUCGCUGGAAACCAAAAAGAUCUAGCAACGGUUCUCGAAUUUCCUCUGGCUGCGACACCAGCUCCCUCGACGGCGACAAACCCCAACUACGCUCCCACCAAGUGCACCCUGUAUUGGAUUCCCAUCACAUCGUCGGUUACGAGAAACAUCCGCUGGAGGCGGCGGAUUGCCCCUCCACGCCGCCGCCUCCACCACGGUGCCUCCCUCUGGCGCCCAAUAUUUGCGUUGAAGCCGGCCGCAUUCAAUUUGUACGAUCGGAGACAGGUGGCGUGACGCAACACAAUCACGCUGGAGUGUCGCCACCGCCGCCGCCUACGAUCGAUGGAAUCGCGAGUUCGGGAAGGGUAACUGUUACGCGUGGCUUGCAGACCGAAGGGGAUGAUGAGUUCGGUCAGGUGCAGUCGUUUCUUGAAACUCGCAUCGUGGAACUGGAGAUGGCGCUGGAGGCGGCACAGAAGAGUGAAUUACGGGACAAACAAACUAUCAAUAAGCUGACAAAGCAACUGAAUAGGAGGGAAUCAGCUCAGAGGGAUGCUGACCGAGAGCGUCGCCUUCGCGUUGACAGCGAAACAAGAGCCAAGCAGGCCCUACAAGAGGCUGCACGCUGUAGAUCUAGGCUCAAGCUACUCACAACUGAGUUCGCAAGAAUGGAAGAGACUGUCAGAGCGAUGUUGGUGUAUAAAAAACAGGCUGAGCAACUGCGGCAAGAAAAAGCGGCAUUAACGCUUGCGUUUGAGAAUCGCUGUCAGCAAUAUCAGAGCACGAUAGCCCGUCUCAAUCUGGAAAUAGCCACUCUACGACAACAAUUAGAAGAAGCCGGACGAGACAAUAAUCCCGAAGGAAUCCUGCAAGCUCACACGGCCGCAUUGCAACGACACGCGGAAGAGUCCAGGAAGCAAUACGAAAAGUGCUUGGACGACGUCGCCAAUCAGGUCGUUAAGGCGUUGUUAGCCCAAAAGGGGCUUCGUGAAGAAGUCGGUUGCCUAAAUAAUAAAAUUCAAGAACUAGAAUCUCAGAACCGCGCCCUGACAUCGAUGUUGGUUCAUCAGCUUCGUGGCGAUACCGCAGUUGAUCUGGAUACGUUCACGGGACCGAUGGCUUUAGAAAACGGUGAUAAUAUACCAGAUGGCCAAACGGAGAUUCAGCAAUCGUUGCUAUCGACUAGUUUAACCACGAAACAUUGCAAUUCGUUCAACUCGGAUAUUCUAGAAGAUAGUCCAAACAGUGACAAAUGUGAUAAAGCUGUGGUAUCGAGUAUUGAUAAGAGAUUGUCCGCCGAUAGUGUUAGUGUUUUAGAUACUAGAUUGUCAUUAGAAGAUAAGAAAAGGCACCAAAUUUUAACUAAGCUGUGGACAGAUUUGAAAGGAACGGAGGUCACACCUAAAAAAUUACUUGAAGCAUUGACAGCAGUUGACUCAGCCCUGUGGGUACCACCGAAACGCCCGGUAUCUUUAAACUUGCAAUUGCCAAUAUUACAAACGACAAGAUGUCGACGAACACGACCGGUGUUAGCCCAGUCAAGUUCGAAGAGCGAAGAAGAAACCACUGGCAAUGAAUCUCCUGAAAGCGGAAAUCGGGAUGAAGGAUAUUCCACCAUGUCGUCGGACGUCCAGGCAGACGUCACUCGUGGUUCUGGUGACGCAACCUUGCCACAUCGAAGUUUAGAGGAUCUCAAAGAAGCCAGCGACGAAACUGAUAUCUCAGACACUCGUCUUCUAGUCACAGAUAAUAAGGAUCCUGAUAUACUCUACAUUCCUCUUAAUCUACUCAACUUGAAACAGAGAAACAGCUUUCCACCGGGAAAAGAUAUCUUUCCUUUCCAACACAUCAUGCGAAGUUUCUCGGAUUCCCACUUAUGUAUAAAGAUAACCACCGCGCCGACUCCAUGUUAUACCUUCACGUCACCAAUAUCCAGUAGCCCAUCAAUAUUCCUGUUGGACAUAACGGAAAAGUCGGUGAAUCCACUGAGAAGAACGCGUGCCACUAACGCGCUUUGGGCGUGCAUUUUAGGAAAUUCCAAUGUAGAGCUUACCGAUGAUAAAUCGUCGCCAAUAUCUUGGUCCAGCGCAGUGGAAGACAGAUUGGGUUGCGCUAAUUGGGACGCCGAGUACAUUCAGCACUGGCUCCGACUAGACGAAACGAGAACUGCGUUGCAACAGCAGCACCGAGACCUAUUCGAACUCGAGUACGAUCGCGCCGAACUUGAAGACUGGAGUUUAAGUCUUUCGAACGAUGAUCUGCGCGAGUAUUGGAAGAAAAUGGACGCGGCUACGCCUGGUCAGAUAUCCAUAUCCACUUUACCGAGUAUACAAGAAAACAACACUCUUGAACUAGAGGAGGACUCUAAUGAAUGUCUCUGGAACAAUUCGAGUUACAUGAUGGAUAAAGAAGGCAGGGAACUAAUUACUUUUUUAAUGGACGGCUGCAAUGGCGAGAAACAAUGGCCCUACGCGGCUUCGAGCGCUGUUCAUCAACAAAUAUCACCGGACAAUAGCUGGUCCAGCGGUGGGUCUGACUGCUGCAACUCUCACGAACCGGAAACUUGUUCCAAGCGUUCGUCCGCUGCUAGUGAUGACACUGGAGAAUUACCUCAAAUCGGAACCGACUUUACUAGGGAUUUCUACAGGCUAGUGAAGUUUGAAAGUACAAAAAGUCUGGCGUCCACUUCCUCUCGCAGUAUCGGCGGUGCACUCAGCGAAAACGGCGAUCGGGACGCGACGCUUCAAAACGUUUUGACUUUCAUAGCGGAACAACAGAAAUACGUCCAUUGUAGGGAUAGGCCGAAAUCGGCCAACGACUUUACGAAAGAGUUCAACAUUGAAUGUCCGUCGCAACAUUUCGACGAAAUAAGAAUUCCCGACUAUAACAUCCAAAAAGAAGAACCCACAUCGAAAGACAAUGAAAACUACGUCACACUCAGACAGUUAUGCAGGGAGUACGAAGAAAAGGAAAAAGGGAAAGAGAACGGAAAAAUCGAAAACAAGGAAGAUUUUAUUUCCGACAAGAUUUCUUACGCGGAAGAAGUGUGCCUGGUAACUCCUUUGGACGUGGAGAGUGAAAAUUGUUCAAACAUCGGAGAACGCGCGGUUGACAUUUGUGCAAGUGUUAAUGUCGAACUGAUUUCGACGGGAUAUCAGUGCGAGGAAGUCCAGGAUCGUGAUCCGAUUGACGAUACUAGUGCCGGUGCGACCAAAGUUGCCGAAAAUUUAGUACAGAACGAUGGCGAUUUGAUAAAAUCGACGGACACGAGUUACAGUGACGCGUCGACCCAUAACUGCACGAGCGAGUCGUUAACAUCGAGCGUGAGUACCCCAGAAACCGUAACGUCGAAAAUUCCCCGCAGGAAAACCUCGUCUAGGAUACCCGUAAGCCCGGCCAGGAUGAUUGUAAAUAACAAUAACAACAAGGAGAACUCGCAAGACACUAAGAUACCAAAGAGCAAAUUGUCAUACAGAGGCAAUAAACUGAAGCCUAAGAAGAUCGUACAAGUUCAACAGAACGUUUCGGCCCAGCAUUUUAUAACCUCAGAAAAGCUACCGGAACCAACAUCAGGGGUAUUAAGCAACAUUAUUGAAGGGCCACCACACCGAGCUGUCAGUUUUCACGAACGGGCCACAUCCAAGGACGUAAUUGAAGAACUGAAUAGGAUAAUUAAAAGUGGCGAUGAGACUGUUCCCGAAUCAAGCGAAGCUGCCGUUGUUCCCAAACUGGAUCAAGCAUGUCGACCGACGGGUUGGAUUCAUGUGGAGAAGGAUAUCGAUCUUACCGAUCCAAAGGCAAGAGCAAACUUGCUCGAUGUCAUGAUGGCGUCCGUGUCAAGCGAUUCGUCGCCGACUUCAUCUUGCGGUGGAAGCGUAGCUAGUGAUUCUACGGAAGAUCCGCCAGACUACGGCCAUCUUCACCGAAUCCACAAAUAUCAUCGUCAAAAGAAAGCAAAGGCGGUCAGGCCUGACCUAGCUGCCACUUCGGUGGCGGUUGUCAGAGCGACCGUACCAUCGGUUCGACCCACGAUCAUUGGAAGACCGGAUUUCUUCGUAAGAUAUGGAGAAAAAGAACGCGAAGCGGUCGCGUCAUUUGAUUUUCUCAACGAAUUCAGUUCGGAAAACAGCUCUCUGAGUUGUUCAGUCGAAGACAAUAUCGAGGAAGUGGUCGAAGUUGAGCCAACUCCGAGGGUUGUGAGAGUUAGUCAAGUAUAAGUGUAUCAUGUACCUCUAUACUAUACUAUCAUUUGAUAAAUCUGACAUGUUAUUCGUGUUUUAAAAGACUUCAAGAAAUAGACACAUAUUAGAUUAUUUGCUUAAUAGUUCUGUUAAACCCACGAGAUGUUUUCACGCCGUCCUCAAAAAUUUUCUAGGUUCUUAUUUCAGUUUAGUCCAUCCUCCGUCUUUUUUAACUUAAUUUAUUCUGUUUCCAAUUAAUGUUUUUAAAGAAUAACUUCUUUUGAAUAACCGAUUUUACUCGUAGUUACCUCAUCGAUAGUUCUUAUAAAUCACUUGUCUCCCACAUUGAAAUGCUAACUCGAACUUAAUUUAUGUAGUGUGUACUUUUUAUUUCUCAAUUUUGCGCUCAUAUACUAUUACAAUAAUUGCAAAUGGUCGUAUCAUGUACCAAACUUUGUACAUUAUUUUACUGUAUUAUUUAUUUUACUCUAUAAUUGUAAAUUUGUUCUGAAUAAGAUACGCCCUAUUUAUUAAUACAAUAUCAAAUUAAAGACAAAUAAGAGACGUUAAGUGCAUUAGUUUUUAGAUAGAACUUAGAUGUGUAUAUAUAUAAUACUGUAAUUUUUUUGUUAAUUAGAAUAACGGAAAACGAAUUACUGUGUAGUACAGUUUAUGUACAUUGUGAUAUAAUCUAAACCUUAUUAGAUUUUUAUUGUUAAUGACUAUGACUACGAUGAUAUUAAUUACAAAUUAUUAUUACAUUAUUACAAGAUUGGCAGUAAAUGGCAACAGCCUAAAGCACUACUUUGAAUCGGUUGUUGUAAAUUAAAAUCUUUAAAAAGUAUUUGGUCCACCGCACCAACCGAGUGAGUAAAAAAUGCGUGUCUAACUUGGGCAUUUUUUUUUAGUAGUAAGCGUUAUUAGUUCCCUUUAGAUAGGAUCUAUUUAUAUUAACAUAACACACGUUGCUGGCCUACAGUCCGAACAUAGACGUUAAAAAGUAAUAUGAACUGGAACAAUUACUACAUAUACAACUUUUUUCAUUAAGACUACUCACAUAAUGAUGUCUAUAAUAUUUGAAAUGUGUGUAGAGUGAUGUAUUUUUAUAUAGGGUACUUAUAUAUAUUUAGUACAAAUUUAGAAUACAAAUAAAUCAAAUAUC